AUGUUUGGAUGGACGGGUUUCGCACGCAGCACUCUCCAAGCCCUUACAGAACUACGCUUUCCCACCAGAUUACUGGCUUUAUAUCGCCGUGCAGGGACGAUAUCGAGUUCCGUCCGUACCACGAAUAAUCCUAGGCGUCUGACUAAACUACCGAAAGGUCGUUUCCAAGCUAUCACUCUCACAGACAGUGCACUCCAGCGCGCCAGAGAACUUCUGUCCCAACAGCCUGAUGCAAUCGGUCUGCGAAUCGGCGUCCGGACGCGUGGCUGCAACGGUCUUUCUUACACUCUCGCAUUCUGCUCUGAGCAACAGAAAGGCGAUGAAGUGGUCGUACAGGACGGCGUCAGCGUGUUCAUCGACAGGAAGGCUCAACUAACCCUCCUCGGCUCAGAAAUGCACUUCCGAAAAACUCUGAUUUCCAGUGAAUUCGUUUUUAACAACCCCAAUGUCAAGGGAACCUGCGGUUGCGGCGAAAGUUUUUCCAUUUAA